AUGGUGCCAGUGAUGGCACUAAUCAUAUCUAGGGAACCAGAAAUAUUCAAAAAUUUGAAAAUAAAUGGUGUUGUUCAAUCGGCUGCCAUUCAACCACAACAAAUAUCAUUAUACGAUAAAAAUGAUAAAUUAUACGUAUUAUCAAAGAAAGACUUUUCUAUAGUAUUUCAAUCACCAACAGCUUGGUUAAUCGAAUUUUAUGCAAGUUGGUGUGGACACUGCAUUCAUUAUGCUCAAACUUAUCGUGAAAUAGCAAUUGAUACCUAUGGUUGGUCAUCCGUCGUACGAAUUGGAGCAGUCAAUUGUAAUUCUCCCGAGAAUGAACAAUUGUGUAUUGAGCAUCAAAUUACAGGUUAUCCAACUCUUCGAGUGUUUCCACCUGAUGCUAUUUUUAAUAAAAGUAAAACUGUUGAUAUACCUGAAAACGAUGCAAAAAGUGUCGAAAAAGCUCUUAUUGAUAACCUUGAAACAUUUGAAGGUAAACAAAAAUAUUGGCCACCAUUCACACCCGUCAGUUCUACUGAAUUGUCUGAAUUUUAUUCACGUAUAUCACCAAACAUAAAAUUAAUUGUGUUAAUUUUGGAACAAAAAGAUGAUUAUAUUGGCCGACAGAUAAUGUUAGACUUUUCUAAAUAUCAUGAUCAAUUGGCUAUUUAUCGUACAACAAAUGUAGAAAAAGUAUGGAAAAUAUUUCAGUUAUCUAUGGAAGAUAUUCCUAGUCUAUAUAUUGUCUAUAGAAAUUCAACAAUUGAAAGAUUAGAUAAAACAUUAUCAUUGGCCAAUAAAAGUAUUGAUAAACAUAAUCUAUUCAAUUAUGUAUUACGUUCCUAUAUUCGUGCACAAUCUAAUUUAAUUCAAAAUUAUAACGAUGAUGAACUAGAAGAAAUUAUUUUAAGAAAAAAAAUGUUAAAUACUAACAAUACAGUUACUACGAGAAAACAAGAAAUAAUUGUUGAUAAGAGUAAUACAGAAAAAGUUUACAUGGUAGAUUUGGAAUGUGGAUUAGAUUAUAUGCUACGCCGUGAAAUUUGUAAAAUGAAAGAACUAAAGAAUGGUGUUUAUAUCGAUUUAGUUAAAUGGCUCACGGUUCUUGCAAAGUAUUUUCCUGGUCGAGAACCUGUUAUGAUUUAUUUAACAAAUUUAGUAGACUCUGUUAAAAGUAAACCAGAUAAUUUUACUGGAAGUCAAUUUAAACAAAUGGCUAGUAUGAAAACGAAAGAUGCCUAUUUACCAACGUGUGUUCAACAGUGGCAUCAUUGUUCUGGUUCCAAAAAUCAAUAUCGUGGCUAUCCGUGUGCUGUUUGGCUUAUAUUUCAUACUCUAACAGUGAGACAAGUUCAAUUUCAAGAAAAACGAUUGAUACCGUUCAAACAAUUGAAUAAGAGUGAAAUUCCAUUGGCUAUUAAAAAUUAUGUCAAACAUUUUUUUGGCUGCCGAGAAUGUAGUGAUCAUUUUAUGAAAGAAACAGUUGAUGUUGAAAAUAUUGAAUUGAAUAAAUAUGAAACUAUUUUCUAUCUUUGGAACAUUCAUAAUCGUGUUAAUCAACGUUUACGUGGUGAUCUAACAGAAGAUCCAUUACAUCCUAAAUUACAAUUUCCACCAAUAGCAUUAUGUAAACAAUGUCAUGAAUCAGAUAAAGAUAAUGAUACAUUGUUUAAUAAAGAUCGUACAAUUGAAUUUCUAUUAAAAUUUUAUUCAAAAGAUAAUAUUGACACGUCGAACUUAACCAUUAUUUCACACGAUCAACAUCAGAAGAAAGAAGAUCUAAGCCACAGGGAAAGAUUUAAAAAAAUGAUCAAGAAAACUGGAGACGAUAGAAUUAAUGAUGUUCUAGAUAGUUUUAGUAAGUAUAAUACAAGAACAAUGUUUUUUUCUAGAAUAACAACAAUAAAACAUUUUAAAUUAUAUUGUAUUUUUACUUGUUUGGCUCUUGUUAUAUUUUUACGUUAUAAAUUUUGCAAAGUAAAGAAAAAACGUUACACGUUGUAG